UCGUGGAUGACGUCACAGUGUCGGCGGCGCAUGAGCACAUCGAUUCGCGGCGGAACUAUUUUUAGCAUUAGCCAUUUUGUAAUCGUGUGUUCUUGUGUGUUCGUUGUAAGUUUUAGUGUCUAAGAAGAAUCGAAAAACAUCCACGAUGUCCGAACGAGAGGAUAAUGUUUAUAAAGCUAAACUUGCUGAGCAGGCGGAACGCUACGAUGAAAUGGUGGAGGCGAUGAAAAAAGUGGCAUCUCUGGAUGUCGAACUGACUGUUGAGGAGAGGAAUUUACUGUCUGUUGCCUAUAAAAAUGUAAUUGGAGCCCGUCGAGCCUCCUGGAGGAUAAUUUCGAGUAUAGAACAGAAGGAAGAGAGCAAGGCUGCCGAUGACAAAUUAGAAAUGAUCAGGACAUACAGAUCGCAAGUAGAAAAAGAAUUGCGGGACAUUUGCAGCGAUAUCCUGGAUGUGCUCGACAAACAUUUAAUACCCUGCGCGUCGACAGGGGAAAGUAAAGUAUUCUAUUAUAAGAUGAAAGGCGACUACCACCGCUACCUCGCCGAGUUCGCGACCGGCAACGACCGCAAAGAGGCCGCCGAGAACUCGCUCGUCGCCUACAAGGCGGCCAGCGACAUUGCGAUGACCGAGCUGCCCCCGACGCACCCCAUUCGUCUCGGGUUGGCCCUCAAUUUCUCCGUCUUUUACUACGAGAUUCUAAACAGUCCCGAUAGGGCGUGCAGGCUGGCCAAGGCGGCCUUCGACGACGCCAUCGCGGAACUCGACACCCUUUCCGAGGAGUCUUACAAGGACUCGACGCUCAUCAUGCAGUUGCUGAGGGACAACCUGACGUUGUGGACCUCUGAUAUGCAGGGUGAUGGUGAGUCAGGUGAAACGGAACAAAAAGAACAACUACAAGACGUCGAAGACCAAGACGUGUCAUAAUUAAAGCAAAUAAUAAUUAACAUUGAACUUAAAAACAUACACAAAAAUAAAGUGAGAAUGAAAUCUAUUUACCAUUUACUAUUAUUAUUAUUAUUAUACUUUGUAUGAUGAACUAUAUUAUUAUAUACAUAUAUAUGUAUAUAUACAUACACACACUUGCGCAUACAUACAUGUAAACACAUACAUAAACAUACAUAAACACAAAGGGUUAACGCACACAAAUAUAAUAAUAAUAUACAUACAGAUGAUGGAUUUUUGCAGUAUUAAUUGGAUAAAUAUAUUUAUAUAUUUAUUAUUUAAGUGUGUAUGUAUAUAUAUACAUAUAUAUGUAUAUGAAUUUGUGUAUACACAUGCUACGUACGCGUGUGUGUGUAUUUUGUAAACAAUUCUAAAAACAAAAAACAUUUAAUUAUUGUAAAUGAAUGAUGAACACAGAAAUUUGAAUUAACAAUUCCCACUCAUUUUUAAUAAGAGACUUUGUGCGUGAGUCGUUGUACACUAAUGAAUAAAAAAAAUUACAUACAUAAAAUUAAUAUUAAAUAUUGUAAUGUAUCGUCAUCAUUUUAAGCUAGAUAUAUUAUUAUAUAUAUAUAAAUAUUGUAGAUUCAAGAGUGGUUGGAGUUUUCGAUAAUACGAGAAACAAAAAAAAUGAAACGCUAAAACAAUUUGGUUUUUAAAUUAAAUUAUUAUAAUCACUCUCGAUUGUGUGUAAAACAACAGUAUUUUAUAAUGUUAAUGCAUUUUUUUUUGCUAGUUUGUUUCUUUUUUAAGGUUGUUUAAUUUUAUAUAAUUGUAUUCGUAAUGUAAUUAAACGAUGAUGA